GACACAUUUUUUACAGCGAAGAAAGUUUAUGUCACUUCCUCGUGCAUAGUGUUUGUUUUUCCACUUUCUCUGGUUAAAAUGCUGUUAGCGUUGCUAAACCUGACGCUGAACGGAUGCUUUGGCGCAGAGGUGAAUGUACGCAGAGUAUGUGUGAGCUGAUCAUCUCGGGAUGAUGAAUCAGAGCGAGGAUAGAGAGGAGGGAGCUCCUGCCUCUGAACCUACUCUGUGUGGGGAACACGAGAGCCAGACCGAAGCCCAGAGGAGUCAGAGACCAGACUUCUUUGUGUCUCCACGAAAACAUAAACCUAAACCCAGCUGUGUGUCCUCAAACAGUGACGCAUCAAUGGACCUGCCUAUUUUCUUUGCUAAAAAGAAGAUUAAUCUGUCAUCUGAAUCCAGCGGUGUGUCUUCAAACAGUGUCCAAUCUAUGGAGCCACCAAUAUUCUUUGCUAAAAAGAAGACUUGUCUGACACCAGAAUCAUCUGUAUCUGGACCCAAACCUAAACCUGAACCCAGCUGUGUGUCCGCAAACAGCGACAAAUCUAUGGAGCCACCAAUAUUCUUUGCCAAUAGGACGACAAAGAGGCCGGGACAACCUGCAGUGAGUGACGACGUCCCAACUUGGAAACAUCAAAGAUUUGAGUGGGGGUGCUCCGAGGUUCCCAGUGGUCAGUCUGCUCAGCUGCCUCAAACACAGCUGGACUCUGUGUUUAUGAUGCUGGAAGACAACAUGGUUGCAUUUGUGAAGAGUGAGCUAAAGAGGAUGAAGAAGAUCCUGAGUCCAGAAUGCUUUGGGGGUGAGGUUGAGGAGGUGCUUGACGGUGAAAAUGGGGGGAGCAGCAGAGAGGCGUUUCUGAAGAUCACACUGGACUUCUUGAGGAAGAUGAAGCAGAAGGAGCUGGCUGAGUGUCUUGAGAGUGGAUCCCGUGCUCCGCUUUGUCAAGGCAAACUUAAAUCUAACCUGAAGAGGAAGUACCAGUGUGUGUUUGAGGGCAUCACUAAAGCAGGAAACCCAACCCUCCUGAACCAGAUCUACACAGACCUCUACAUCACAGAGGGAGGCAGCGGAGAGGUCAACGAGGAACACGAGGUCCGACAGAUCGAAACGGCCGCCAGGAAACUGCACCGAGCGGAGACGACCAUCAAACAAGAAGACAUCUUUCACGCCUCACCUGAAAGAGAUGAACCAGUCAGAACGAUGAUGACCAAGGGAGUGGCAGGCAUCGGGAAAACUGUUUUGACGCAGAAGUUCACUCUGGACUGGGCCGAAGACAAGGCCAACAGAGAUGUACAGUUCAUGUUUCCGUUCACUUUCCGAGAGCUGAAUCUGCUGAAGGGGGAAGAGUACAGCCUGGUGAAACUCAUUCAUCACUUCUUUACAGAAACCAAAGAAGCAGGAAUCUGGAGUUUUGAAGAGUUCCAGAUGGUAUUCAUCUUUGACGGUCUGGACGAGUGUCGACUCCCUCUGGACUUCAGUAACACAAAGAUCCUGACCAAUGCGACGGAGUCCACAUCAGUGGACGUGCUACUGAUAAACCUCAUCAGGGGGAAACUGCUUCCCACUGCACGUCUUUGGAUAACCACAAGACCCGCAGCAGCCAAUCUGAUCCCUGCUGAGUGUGUUGACAUGGUGACGGAGGUCAGAGGGUUCACAGACCCACAGAAAGAGGAGUACUUCAAGAAGAGGUUUCAGAAUGAGGAGCAGGCCAGUGAGAUCAUCUCCCACAUAAAGAUAUCACGCAGCCUCCACAUCAUGUGCCACAUCCCAGUGUUCUGCUGGAUCACUGCCACAGUUCUGGAGAACGUGUUGAAAAGCAGAGCGGUAGGAGAGCUUCCCAGGACCCUGACUGAGAUGUACAUCCACUUCCUGGUGGUUCAGUCCAAACUGAAGGUGGUCAAGUAUGACGGAGGAGCUGAGACGGACUCACACUGGAGUCCAGAGAGCAUGGAGAUGAUCAAGUGUCUCGGGAAACUGGCUUUUGAGCAGCUGCAGAAAGGAAACCUGAUUUUCUACGAAUCGGACCUGAGAGAUUGUGACAUCGAUGUCACAGCAGCCUCCGUGUACUCGGGAGUGUUCACACAGGUCUUUAAAGAGGAGCAAGGUCUGUAUCAGGACAAGGUGUUCUGCUUCGUCCAUUUGAGUGUUCAGGAGUUUUUGGCUGCUCUCCAUGUGCAUCUGACCUUCAUUAAUUCUGGAGUUAAUCUGAUGUUGCAGGAGAAAUCAAACUCCCAGAUGCCUGAAGCAAGAAAACACGAGUCUGCAACGACACACUUCUAUCAGAGCGCUGUGGACGAGGCCUUACACAGUCCUAAUGGACACCUGGACUUGUUCCUCCGCUUCCUCUUGGGUCUGUCAGUAGAAACAAAUCAGACUCUCCUUCGAGGCCUGCUGCUGACACAGACAGGAAGUGGCUUGUGGACCUAUCAGGAAACAAUCGAGUACAUCAAGAAGAAGAUCGAAGCGACGCCCUCUGCAGAGAAGAGCAUCAACCUGUUCCACUGCCUGAAUGAAGUGAACGAUCGUUCUCUCGUGGAGGGGAUCCAGCAGUACCUGAGAGCAGGAAGUCUCUCCAUGUGCAAACUGUCUCCUGGUCAGUGGUCAGCUCUGGCUUUCAUCUUACUGUCAUCCGCUAAAAACCUGGAUGUGUUUGACUUGAAGAAGUACUCGGCUUCAGAGGAGGCUCUUCCCCGGCUGCUGCUCGUGGUCAAAGCUUCAAGCAAAGCUCUAAUGAGUGGCUGUAACCUCUCAGAGAGAAGCUGUGAGGCUCUGGCCUCAGUCCUCAGCUCCAAGUCCUCUAGUUUGAGAGAGCUGGACUUGAGCAACAACAACCUGCAGGAUUCUGGAGUGAAGAUGCUGUCUGCUGGGCUGCAGAGUCCACACUGUGCACUGGAGACUCUCGGUCUGAGCGGCUGCAACCUCACAGAGAGAAGCUGUGAAGCUCUGGGCUCGGUCCUCGGCUCCGAGUCCUGUAGUCUGCGAGACCUGGACCUGAGUAACAACAACCUGGAGGACUCUGGAAUGCAGCUGCUGUCCGUGGGACUACAGAGUCCUCACUGUGCACUGGAGACUCUGAGGCUGGAGCCUGACACUGUCCGUUGGUUGAGGCCAGGUCUGAGGAAGUAUUUCCUUGAGCACACCUUUGACACUAACACACUGAACCCGAACCUCCAAGUGUCUCACGACUCCAGGACGGUGACAUACGUGGACGACUCCCUGAGGUAUCCCGAUCACACCGAGAGGUUUGACGAGCGGCCCCAGCUGCUGUGCUCCAAUGCUCUGACCGGUCGUUGCUACUGGGAGGUCGACUGGAGCGGCAUCGCCUGUGUGUCGGUGAGCUACAGAGGAAUCGUGCGCAAGGGAGAGGGCGACGACUGUUGGUUUGGGAGGAACACUCAGUCCUGGGCUCUGUACUGCUCUGAUGUUGAGGGAUGCACGAUCACACACAAUAACCGUCACGUCUGCUCUGAGGGCAGUUACCUCGCGUAUCACGACAACGAGCUCACGACCAGCCCAGUCACCUCCUCCUUCACUCGCCCGAACAGAGUAGCGGUGUUCGUGGACUGUCCUGCGGGGACGCUGUCCUUCUUCGCCGUCUCCUCUGACUCGCUCAUCCACCUGCACACCUUCCACACUACGUUCACCGACACUCUUUAUGCUGGGUUUGGCUUCUGGAGCUGGUCUGGUGCUUCGGUCUCUCUGCCUGCAGUGUAGCUCACACAAUUUACUAGUUUUGUUGGUGAAAAUAGUCGCUGAAGAGACGAGUUCACCGACAUAUUGCCUGAUUUAGGUGUUGUCUCGUAUAUAUAUACACACACACAUAUCUAUAGAGGUGAACAGCUUCGUAUCCUGCCCAGGGGGCGUUACCAUGUCACUACCGGACCAAAAUCUACACCCCCACUUAAUGACACAGGUAUUUUGUAUGAAAUGAACAAAAUGUUCCAUUUUAACUCGAAUCCAUCCACAAGUCUGUCCUUUGACAGCAAAUUCAGCCUUACUUUUCCUGUACUGUUGCAAAGCAAGCAUUCUGCACUUUCCCUUUUCCUCUUCAAGGAAGCAGCUGAAUCUCAGAACUCAGGCACCGGCUUCAUCAUAGGCGUUUAACUCGGAGCAUUUUGCUCUGUUUCCAUUGGCUUUUUAAUAAAUUUUAAGACACUUAGAGAGCCUCGGUGCUAAUUUUGUCCUUCACAUCGGACUUGAUCUCCGUUUUGCACGUACCAGAAAUCAUUCAACAUCUCAACAGGUUUACACGUGACAAUCAAAAGGCAGAAAGGUCGGACUUAUGCCUCCAUAACUG